UCCAAUAUGGCGUCGGACAGUCAGAUAGUUAGCUAAAGAUACGCACAACAUUUAGUAUUUUUGUCUUCAACAAAAUACUGGUUUUCCAGCAUAACUGUCAGCGGUUAUGUCGUGAAAUAAUGUAAUUGUGUUUUAAUGUGGGAAAGGUUUAUGCUUCUCAGUUGAAAUAAUUGCUUUUUCUUACCUAGACGAUACUCUUUCAAUUUGCUAACACAAUUAGCCGUUAGCUCGCUGUGGUGGCCGGUGCCGGUUUUCGGCUUUCUCUCGGGGACAUGACUGAGGUUGAGGAGUUGCGGCCGGUCCCGCGGGAGAGGGCCAUCCUGGAAAGCUUCUUCACACAGCUCGGCAUGUUUUCUUUCGACCGGGCCAAGGAUUACGUGGAGAAAGAGAAGGACAACAGUAAGAGCGCCGGGGCUAUCUGGGCGGCUCUGCUGGCUGCUCUGGCUCACCUGGCUGCUGCGGAGAAGGCGUACCACAACAUGACAUUUCUGGGACAGAAAAUUGGUGGUCAGUCCUUCUUCAGUCGCAAAGACUCUAUCCGAACCAUCUAUACCUCUCUGUACAAUGAGCUGAGGAAAGUGGUAACUAUGGGGCGCCACAACCAGCCGGGCUCCGCCUCCUACCUGGAAGACCUGCUGUCUCACCUUUCAGAGCAGCUCUGCCACUUCACCCAGGCCAGGAUGGAGAUGGCCGAUCUGUAUGAGAAAAUGCAUUCGCUGGGCAGCCAGAAGAGCAUCAUCUCAGAAGAACUGGUCACCACACUGGAGGCAGUGCUGCAGAAAUACAGCUCCAAAUUCCACCAUCCCAUCCUGGGCCGUGUGGAGGAGUGCUUCCAGACAGAGGUGGAUGUGGUGACCCAGUUGCUUCGCUGCCAGGCCCAGGUGUCAGAGUGGCAUUUCCUACCCGCUCUGCUCAGCCUGCAUGGUGCUAACUCUAAGCUCACCGCCUGGGGUCAGCUCUUCCAGCGGCAGAAAGAAACCCGCAAGCAUCUGUUUGGAGGUCAGUCCCAGAAGGCUGUGCAACCUCCGCACCUGUACACAUGGCUGCAGCGUUUCCAGGCAGCUCUCCUUGCCAAGUUCAGCUUCUAUUUUCAUGAAGCCCUGAGUCGGCAGACAGCCCCAGCUGACAUGAGAGCUCUGACUGCCCGCACCACGCCAGACUACCAUGGCAAGAUCUGCUCCUUCAUCCGCAAGCAUGAUGCGAGCAACGUAUCCCUGGUGUUUGACAACCGUGGCUCAGAAAGCUUCCAAGGUCACGGUUACCACCACCCACAUUCAUACAGGGAAGCACCAAAGGGCGUGGAGCAGUUCCCUGCUGUGGUGUCCCUGCCUUCAGGAGAGCGGCCACUCACACAUUGGCCUAACGUCAUCAUGAUGAUGGGAGAUCGGGCGGCUGAGCUCAACACUCUGGACAAAGUGGUGCACUUUUAUGAUGACAAAGUCCAGAGCACCUACUACCUGACUCGGCCUGAGCCUCACUUCACUCUGGUGGUCAUUUUUGAUGGCAGGAAGUCUGAAAAGGAUUUGCACAUCACCGCCUUCCUGCAGGAGAUUUCAAGCUCACUUAGGAACUCCAAACCCUUUAGCACCCUCAAACCUGGGUCAAAGGGCUGAGCUAGUUGUUGGUCUUUGAGGUUUAUGUAGAACUGAUAGAUACAUGCUUAAAGAAAUAAUUCAACAGUGUUGGCAGUACUCUGAUUUACUUGUUUCUUCUGCUUUCAGAUCGUUUUUUGGACGUUGUGUUCUAUUUUCCAUCUGCUAUUUAGGUUGUUUUAAAUUUGCCAAAACACUUUUCAGACCAAAGAGAUCCUUGAGUUUUUACUCUGUGCACAAACCUUGGUCAUGACUGUAUGACAGCCUUGUAAGGCAUAGAAACGCUGCUAAUACCUAAUGCCUUUGUUUAACUUAUAAAUGACUUUAAUUAUGUUGAAUCAAAUACUGUUUCCACAUGUUUCUUUUUCUACUAUUACACCGUACAGUUCAGACAAAAAGUUUUAAGAUGUCUGCACUUUUAAUUCCUCCUCAGAGCAAAGACUCAAGUUAUGAUUAAAGCUUGACUGUAAAAUUGA